ACACACGUUUUUAAAAGGAAGAUGAUCGUUCUCUGUGGAGUUAGCCCCUGUCGUUUGUGACACAGUCCGGGGAUAGUGUUAGUCUGCACCAGAACAAUUUGGCUUCAGGAGAUGAAAAGUCUUUAAUGGUGGAAUGCAAAGUGUGGAGAUGUUGAGAUGAAAUUUUAUCAUGUAUGUCUGAAGAACUCAUUAAAGGAGCGACAAGGGGCAGUCAGGGAUUGGAGUGUGGCUUUGUUCCUGGUUAUAUUUCUAUCAGAAACCUCUCUCGCUUGUCAGUUUGGAGGAUUCAAACCCCAUACAACGACAUAUGAUUUGCCGCUCAACACCCUGAGGACACAUCUCCCUACAGACUACAACCUGACUGUUUUCUUACAGGACACUGCCAAUAUGGACAGCUGUUGCGUUGAUCUGCAGGCAAUGUUGUCCCUGAAUCGGUCGAUUGGACAUCUUUACCGUCACUCGAUGGAUGAGCUCCAAAAUCUGACUCUCGGCGUCCUGCGGGAGCUGAAAUUUUUAAAAGAUUGUCCUGUUGAUGAAUCAUUUCAAUGUGAAACGGUGCAGUGGAACUCUUCACACCUUCUCCUGAACUUGAUGGAUCACUUCAGACGUUUUGACGCUACCUACGAGCAGAGAAAAUGUGACUUUGGACGAUGCACUUUAUACACCUGCCUGUCAGGAGACGUUGAGACGACAAUAUUUCAUGUAACAACAAAUGCCACAGCAACUUCGAUGGAGCCGGGAGUGUUUGCCAAUGGAACUUGGAAUGACCCCACCAGUGCGGUUAUUGGCAAUACAACCGACCCCACUCCAACUGUGACCCUUCACGACCUGACCAGCUUCACCAAUGGAACCAGUCCGUCUCUGACCUGGACCGAUGGGAACCUCACGAGCUCGACCAAUGGAACCAGCACCGUUCUGGCUUCAGUGAAUGGCAGCCUGGCUGCUACAAUAGACCAAACCAGUGUCAACCCAACCCCCUCAAACAACGGAAACAAUAGCCCUCUGGCAGCGACAUUCUGCAGCACUGAACCCCGUGCGAUCAUCUCUCCAACAGCAACACAAACAGUUGUAAUUAUUCUUAUCAUCAGCGUCCUUUUGAACAUAGCUCUCCUCAUGUGCCUGCUGGAAAGGAGAAGGCGGAUGGCUCCUCCACAUAUGACUGAAAUGGAGCCAUUGUCAUUACCCAGAGAGGAAGUUCUCGAGGCUUAGGAAAGGGAGAGCUUUGGAAAGGAAUCGGGAGAAAGAGUGAAGGGUGCGAUGACUUUCCAAGGCGGCCUAUUGUGAAAGAGCCCUGCUUCAUGCCACGCUCAUCGUUUCCGUCUGCAUUGCCUGGUCUGCCCUCUGCCUCUCGUGUUGCCGUUGUCCCUUUGACUGUAUUUUCCGAAUCCCCUUUCUUCAAACCCCGCCACCCUUCCCCCUACGUCCAACCACCUUGAUCUGCGAAAUGGGCUUAGGGUCAGCACGAUUAGGUUGGGGGAAGAACUGUUCCCAUUUGUGGCUGGUCUGCACCGCUGGAGAAGGAAGGGUGUUGACUUUCUUCCAUUGAGGGCUUUACCAAUGCGCCAAUAACUAUUGCCCACCCGCCAAGAGAUGGGCAGACAAUUCGCAGACAUCGAAGGAAGUGGUUCUCUCUCUCUGUUUCCCUGAACUCCUCCUCCAGAGGAGAGAAGGAAGACUGUAUACAUGUCUCUGAGUUAAGAGAGACUAGUCACUCAACCCAGUAGGAUUGGCGGUCAUGGAGAAAUGGAAGAUAGGGGACACAGCUUUUGUACAGAACGUUGGUGCUAGAUGUUCAUUGGUUUUUCUCUGCACCUUAACCCUGAGAGGGUCACUCAACAAACCUGUGCCCUGACACGAUGCACUGAAGACACCUUGACUUUCUUGCUGAACUUGAGUGUGAUUUUUUUAAAAAAAAAUAUAUUGUUGCAUUGCUAUGUUUCUUUUUUGUUGUCCCCAGCCAAAAGCAUGACUUCCGACCUUGGCGCUUGCCCUGCCCAGGAGGCAAAUCCAGACUGGCAUCCAUAAGUGGCACUUUGGCCGCUCCAUAAAUUGGAGAGGGCAGAGUCGGGCUCCAACUGGGAAUGAGGCAGGAUCAGACUGGGCAGCUGCGGGGGUGGGGCUGCCUGGAAAGCUGGGAGGGAGUUGGGCUUGUGGUAGAGGAGGAGGCUGAGAUCCUUAACACAAAGGUGGGUUCUGUGGUGAGCACUGCUGCCUCACAGAACCAUGGGCCUGGGUUUGAUUCCAGCCUCAGGCGAUUGUGUAAACUCCACACAGACAGUCUCUGCGUGAGUUUCCUCCGGGUGCUCCGGUUUCCUCCCAGAAUCCAAAGAUGUGCAGGUUAGGUGAAUUGGCCAAACUACAUUGCCCCGUAACGUUCAGAGAUGCACAGGCUAGGUGCGUUAGUCAGGGGUAAGCAUAGGAUAAUUGAAUAGGUCUGAGUGGGGUUACCCUUCAGAGGAUCAGUGUCGACUUGGGAAGGGCUUUUGCCCGAAAUGUCAAUUCUCCUGCUGCUUGGAUGCUGCCUGACCUGCUGUGCUUUUCCAGCAACGCACGCUCGACUCUUAUCUCCAGCAUCUGCAGUCCUCACUUUCUCCUAGUACACUUGUUGGGCUAAAUGGCCUGUUUCCAUAUUGUAGGGCUUCUAUGCUUCGAUGACAAUGAGGAAGGGAUAUACCCGUGGGGAGUGAGCAAUGAGAACUGAGCUUGGCAGUGGGGAAGGGAGGGGAAGCUUGUGGAAGCCACGUGUUAGACCAAUGAAGACACAACUUGUUAAAGAAGGAGCAUGUACUGUGUACUUAAAAUGAUUUCACAACGAAUGUGCUACCACAUGUGAGAGAGAAACCAUUCGCUGGCUUUUAAUGUCACCCUUGAUCAGACUUGAAAUUAAAGCUGGAGGGUCUGGACCGAGUAUUUUGUUCCUCCAACAGAAUGGUCCACAUCCAUUCCAAGUGUCUCCUUGCCAUUUCUAGGGACACCGAGUGUUACAAUGAGCUGGGGCGCGACUGUGUACCAGAUCUUUUUAAAAAAAACAUUUUGACUGAUCAACUGGUACCUUUUUCACAUGUUGGAUUCAUGCUGUUGUGUAUUGAGAUGUUCAUUUGGAGGGGGAAACGUGUAGCUUCCCCUUCCUGUGAAUCUUCAUUUGUAGACUAACAUGAUCUCUUUUGGAACGUAUAUUUUUAAAAAAUAUCUAUGUAUUACGGCUGUGCUGUAUCAUGUCUCGAGAAUGUGAGCUUAAAAUAUAUUUAUUACUCUUUUAAUUUUUUUUCCCUAAGAUAAAAGCAGAUCUUAAUA